AAAUGGUUCAUAUCAGAUGUGAACAAGAAUGACGUAAUCUAUUACUUGGUAACAUAACCUUGAAGAAUCUGUAUGAUGAACAGAUAGAUAUAUAGGAAGGUUAAGUCGAUCAGAUACCGAAUGCUUGACAAUUCUGUUGACGCAUUUCGGACAUGGGCUUGUUUGGAAAAUCGCAGGAAAAAAAUCCUAAAGAAAUGGUUCAAGAGUGGACUCACAAAUUGAGAAAGGAAGGUUAUCAGCUUGAUAGACAGGUUAGAGCAAUUCAGAGAGAGGAAGAUAAAGUUAAACGUUCCCUGAAGGAAGCUGCAAAAAAGGGAGAUAAAGAUGUCUGCAAAAUUCUUGCCAAGGAGAUUAUAAGGGCUCGUAAAUCUUGCAAUAAGAUUUAUACUUCCAAAGCACACUUAAAUUCUGUAUCGUUACAAAUGAAAAAUCAGUUAGCGACAAUCAGAGUAGCUGGUUCGGUCUCUAAAUCUACAGAAGUGAUGCAAGCAAUGCAGUCUUUAGUAAGAGUACCAGAAGUGGCUGCAACUAUGAGAGAAAUGUCGAAGGAGAUGAUGAAGGCAGGUAUUAUUGAGGAAAUGUUGGACGAAACAAUGGAUUCUAUCGAGGAUUCCGAGGAUAUGGAAGAUGAAGCUGAUGAAGAAGUUGACAAGAUUUUAUGGGAAGUAACAGCUGGUCAAUUAGGCACAGCUCCUGCGGUUGUCACAGAAAACCCUGGAAUUGCUUCUACCUCUGCAGAAGAGGAAACGGCAGAAGAUGACGAUAAAGAACUUGAAGAAAUGAAGAAUCGAUUGCAAAGUCUUCGUAGUUAGAUGAAUAAUUAAAUAAAAAUAUUUGUAUCAAACAAAUGUCAGGGAAAUAAGUAUCUUAAUAAUAACAUUUAUUAAAUAAAUAACACAAGUUAUAAAUAGUAGUAGCACUUGCUUAUUUAUCGUAAUGUUAUUGCUAUUAAUGUUAAUGUUUUUGCUAUUUAAUGUAAAUACUGUAUUAUCAUAGGUAUUUUAUCGCUUUGUAGAAGUAUUAUAAGCACUUUCCGUUUAUCCAUUUUUACAUUCAUUAUCCAGUAACAUCUAUUGUUAGAAUAAUUAUGAAGAGAAAUUAUGUAUAUUAAAUUAAGGCUGAAAGUAAAUCGUAUAAUAAAAUUAUUUUUUGCUAUAAAAA